AUGGUUCAUCAAAGAAUUUUUUCAUUAUUUCUUAUUCUUCUUAUUACACAAUCAGCUACAGAAGAUAUCCGAUUAUUUCGAAUGUCAAAAAUAAAUGGUUGGCAAUUUCAAUGUGCUAACAAUACUUGUUUACCAUUUACUACUGUCACUGUGUCGAGUAUGAUCAAAUGUCAAACAAAUUGUUUAGCUCAAAUUCAUUGUAGAGCAGUUACAUUUCAUAAAUCAAUUUCUACUUGUCAAUUGUUUGACGAUAUUAUCAAUCAAAACUCAAAUAUGUUAGCUAAUACAGAUACUAUUAGUGCCACUGUUAUUCUUCAAACAAGAAUACCACCAGAACCAACAACUACAUCAACAACAUCAACGUCAACAACGUCGACAACAACUACAACAACAUCGUCAACAUCAACAUCAACAACAACAUCAACAACGACAACAACAACUUCAACAACAACAUCAAAAACAACUACAACAACAACAACAACCACGACAACUUCUUCAUUAAGUAAUGCAUUUUCAUUAAGUCAAACUAUUGAUGGAAGAAUAAUAACAUGUAAUAGCGUAAAUAAUACGAAUUUAUACACUGAAUGUUCAACUUUACAACAAGGUGGUUUAUAUUUUCCAAAUGGAGUUGCUUGUACUACAUGGAGUACAACAACCUCUGGUACUUGGGAUACUAUUGGAUUUUGUCGUAAAAUAACAGGUUCUUUACUAGCAACUAUAUACGUUUAUUAUGAUUGUGAUACCGCACAAACACGUGUUACUUGGAUUGCAGAUGUUUGGUCAACAAAUAACGACAAUGGAUUCACUCGCAAUUUAAGAUGUUACUAUUAA